GGGGGGGCGGGCCCAGACCGUCCGCGAGAGGAAGAGGCCCGAACGGCUGGGUGAGGCGCCGAGACGGUUUUCGCGGCGAGCCGGGCUCGGGUGCAGCUCAGAAUCCCGAACGUGGGUGAUCGUCGCAGCCGAGCGAGCGUUGGGGCUCCGGAGCAGCGGUUGCUGUCGCCGCGGACGCCGCUGUUGUCGCCGUUGCCGCCCCGGAGGACGAGGCCCGGAGAGGCCUUGCAGGCCUAGCGGAGCCCGAGUGUGCCGUGAGUAAAGCCAGCGCCCUCCGCACGGUCGCUUGCGGGUUAAGAUGGAGGAGAUUUCGUUGGCCAACCUGGAUACUAACAAGCUGGAGGCCAUCGCCCAGGAGAUCUAUGUAGACCUGAUAGAGGAUUCCUGCCUGGGCUUCUGCUUUGAGGUGCAUCGGGCGGUCAAGUGUGGCUACUUCUACCUGGAGUUUGCAGACACUGGGAGCGUGAAGGAUUUCGGCAUCCAGCCAGUGGAGGACAAAGGCGCGUGCCGCCUCCCGCUCUGCUCCCUUCCUGGGGAUCCCGGGGACGGGCCCCAGACGGAGCUGCAGCGUUCACCUCCAGAAUUCCAGUAGUCACCACCGGAGAGAGGGCGACACAGUGACCAGGACAAUAAUAGAGACUGGUCCCCGUGGCUUUGGAGGAAUAAGCUAAGUUGGAGAGAAAAAAAUAAAUCAACAAAUAAAGAAAAAGCAAACAAAAGUCCCAUUUACCCCCUUCAAGAUCUUAGCAUUAAAAUACAAAAACAAAAAAAAAAAAAACAAAAACCGAGAAGAUGUAAAACGAACAAAACACCCAAAGAGGAGAAUUUAGGAAUCCCGGUCCAUUUGAAAGGGUCUCCCAUGCCAGCUCUGAAAUCCUGGGCAGAAGAAGGUCCAGAGGCGUCGUGUGCUGUAUUUUGAGCUGUAUAAAAUACACGUGGAUGUGCAAGGACCCUGAACUGUCCUCGGUACACAGGUGAGCUGCUGUGUACCCAGCCUAUACAAUUCUAUUUGUUUCUCAGAUUCUGCAUCUGCCUGAUGUCAUGGGCCUCCUGCGAAGUUUUAGAUGGUGUUGAUGGUCAGGCCCUGAUCAGUCAGCUUCAGUGGACUGCUCCUCUGAUUUCUAAGCCUCCAGCUGGGCCUCUUUGAUAACAAAUAGAAGUCAGGUGUGAGACUUAAAUACUAAAAAUAUUAAUAUUCCCGUUUGAAUUUGGUGGGAAGCCCUUGUGCCCUUGUCUACAAGAAGUUCCAAAUCACCUGUUUUCCAAAGGCCCAGCAUUUUGUGGGGACAAGGCCUCGACUUUGGCUCAUCAGAAGACCUGUCUUUCCAUCCCACUGAGUGACAAAGGUUUGGCAAAGGACAAGGUGGUUUACAAACAGCUCAAGAUUUUCCUUUGAUGCUAUGAGGAUGAAGUGUACCUCCUCGACUGCACAUCAUGUCCAAUUGGAAGACUCAUGUCUUGAAUUACAUACUGCGGACAUAAGUUUGGUGGUCUUUUCCUACUUUUGAGUUACUGGUGAUGUAACCAGCCCAUGGGUCUGACUUGAUCAUUAUGACAGGUCGCUGUCCUCCAGUGGUACCACUGACCUACAGGAGGACAUCAUGGCGGAGCAGGAGGCUGUUUAAAAAUUGAGCCAGGAGGGAACUUUUUUCCAUCUGCCUUCAAUAAUGUGAAUGAGUUUAAUGCUAAGAGCCCUGAAACAGGCCUGGUUUACCUGGUAUGGUUGCAGAAUCCCUUCUUCAACUGGGCAGUCAGACCUCUGCUGUGCUAAUUAAGACUGUUUCCACCUUCUCUGCCCUCACAAACAGCAGUUCAUCACUUGGUCCUCAGAACCUCCUUCCAGCAGGGGCUGUAUAUUUCUUGAUGGAAAGUUGGAGGCAGGGUUAGAAGUAAAGGGGAAGUGAGUGGCAUAUCAAAACUGGUCUGUUUCAGUCCCUAAAUGGGGGGUUAUGAGGGGUGGGAGUCCUGAGGUGAGCAGAAAAGAAAGGUGCUGCUUUAUUUGAAAUGUUUUCUUACCUCAUUCUGUGCCCCAGUAAAGGGUCCAGCCUCAUCUGUCUGGCUUGGCCAUGUUCCUGUCACUGCUCCACUGCCUCUCUGGUGCAGCUCAUGAUUCCAGGUGCUGCUUGCCACACUAGGUUUUCUCUCGACCAAUUUCAGCUCAUCUUCCAGUGCUGCUCCUCCGAAACCUACACAAGUUUCCUUUUUCCUUUUGUUGUCGUUUUUGUUUUCUAACUUUAAAUUUUUAUGUUGUUUUGUUUUACCUGUUUUUAUGGAAGCCUUAGAGGAGAAUCUCUCAUGGCUCCCACUGUUUGGAUUGGAAUGGGAAAAUAACAAAAACAAAAAGAUCUUUUUUAAAUUUACAAGGCAGUGUCAUGUCUAAGUGUUUCUCUUAUAUAAAGCUGCCUUGCUAGCAUAUCUCCCUGCCUGUCAUGAGUUCUUUCUUCCCAUUGCUACUUGGAUACGGCCUCUUAGGACUUACUGCAGAGCCAGGAAUGCUGGCAUACACAAGGAAGGAGUUGGUUCUGCUCCACAUUUCUAAUCCUAUUGUGUAUGUAUCUUCCUUCUCCCAGGAGCUAUUUGAAGUGUGUGGACUAAUUUGGAUUACUGUACUCAAGAGUUGAGGCAACUAUAGUGCUUGAGCCUUGAGACUGUCUGUUGUUGCCUUCUCAGAGUUUUGCAACUCAGGGUUGGGGCCUAGUUAAAGUUUGGAUCCUUAGUCCAAGAAUUUUGAGAACGUGAGUAAAACCUUGGCAGGAGCUAAAAAAUACUUAAAAGAUACCUUGCUACAUGAGUUCUUUAAAAACCUCCAAUGAAUUGUGGAAAAACAAAAAAGCAGUGUGAAAUUCCUGCUUAUAUAAAGUACUUGGGAAACAUGAAAGGGAGAAAGGCCAUGGCCCACUCACUCUUGCCUUCAGAUAGGGAGCUCAAAUGUGACUUUAGUUUUCUUGCCUUUUCUGGUUAGAACAUAAAGAUGUGGGUGGUAGUUUGGGGUAAUGGGUUUGCUCAUAUUACUUCCCUUCUUGUUAAUUGCUUUUUUCUGUCUCCAACAUUUUCAUUAGGGCCGUAGCUCCCCACUCUGUGUAGAUAAAAGGUGGGUUCAGUCCAGCUAUUAUUGCCCUGAGGGAACAAACUACUUUUUUGGGAGCAAAUGUUCUCCAGCAUAUAGUUGACAGUGGUUAGGAGCCCUCCCCUUCCCCUCCCCUCCUGUAACAACAGAAUUCUAUCCUUCCUCUUCUGUUCAUUGUAUUGACCAACCAGUAAUCCUAUUAUGUAUCUGAGUGUAUGUAUAGGGGGAAAGGGGUUCUUUACAUUUUCUGUGGUUUGUGGUUUUUUCUUCAGUAAAUUAGUUCCCACCAUCGCAUGCCCAGGGGCCACUACCUGGCAUUACCGCAUGCUGGGAUCAUUGGGGGAGGGUAGUUUGAAAUUCACCACUGUCCUUUGUUUUGGAGAUUCUUAUUUUUUAAUAAGUAAUCCGUCCUACACAAAUAGCUAAUUAACUCUUGUGUUCCCCCUGCCCAUAUGGCUGCUGGUGUAAAUAAAUUGCAUUUUCCCAUUGCUAAAUGAUAAUAAAAUUUAAAAAAAUA